AUGGCUUUUGGUCUUGGUCGCUCCAGUAACCGUCGCACCCGUGGCGCCACUCUCACCACCCCGAAGACGACCACCACGACGCGCACGCGCCGCCAUCAUGGCUUCCAUCUGCGCAAGGAUCCCGACCGUGUCGCGGGCGGCUACAAGGCUGCCCUAGCCAACCCCAACACAACCCAUCAGGGACGCAAGCACGCCAAGUGGGAGCUACGCAGGAUGGGUCGCGGAAACGAGGCUCAUGUUCCUCUCAUGACCAAGAUCAAGCGUACGCUUGGAAUCCGCAGCACUCCUCGCGCAAGCAGGCGGACGCACACGGUAUCCAGUACCAGCAGGAUGCGCCGCACUCGUCGUGCUCGCUAUUAG